AUGCAAAUACAAUAAUUGAUUAAUUAAUAAUUAGUUUUUUACAUUCUGAUUAAAAAAAUAGAAAUUUGCCAGCAAUUAAUUUAGCAGCCAAACGAUUAUCCUACAUUAUAUAUAAUCAGUAAACUAAAAAAACAAACAAAUAACUUCAAAAUGAAUGCAGAUAAAAUUAAAAAAUGGCUCUUUUUAUAAGAUAAUAAUCCUAACACCUAAAAGUAUUUAACAGAAAUGCAUUUUUAAAGACUGAAAUGGAUGAGGUACUGUUGUAUUAUUCUGAUUAUUUGCUUUGUUUUAUUUUAUAUGGAGUAUAUCCUAGAAGAGAAGAAGUAUAUUUCUAUUUAUUUUAUAGUCAGCAUUACCUCUCUCUUUGGUCUUUUAGGAAUACAUUUUUUCACCAAACUAAAAUAGCACUACUCUUACUUUCUAUCUGCUUGCAGAUUAACUAUUUCUUUAACAUUUUUGCUGGUUGGAAAGGAAGAAAUUUAAGAAAUAUGCUCAUCUAUCUAAUACUUCAAUAUUUUAGUAAAUAUUUAUUUAGCCCUAGCUCUUUAAGCUCCUAACUUUAUUAUAGAUUCUACUUCUAUUUUAGUGCAAAUAGGAGUACUGACCUUCUCGUUUGGUAUUUCUUUUUUCAGUAUAUUGAGCCUAAUUUUAAGUUACAUAUUGAUAUUUAUAUACAAAUAUAAUUCUACCAAGUAGCUUGUUGAAAAUUAUGAAAAGUAUUAAAAUCAAAAUUAUUGGUCUGCUUUUGUUUUGAAUAAAUAUCCAAUAUCUUUUUUUGUAACUAAAUAUUAAAAUCAGUUACAAUCUUUUGUCUUAAAAAACUAUAAUAAAGAAGCUUAAAUAAAGUACAAUUAUCUUAGUAAUGAAUAAAAUUUCUUAAAAUUCCUCCAAAGCAUCAAAGUUAACUUAACUAUGUCCUAAUUUUCUAUUGCUGAUGAAUUUAAAUUGUCAGGGAAAGAUACUGACUUUUUAACAUUUUUGAAAUAAAAACAGAAGUCUAAUUCUCUGCUAAACCAAUAAAAAUAAAACUAAAAAGUAUAUUCUCAAGUUGCAUCUGUUAACAAAGAUGAUUUAGAUAAGCAUAAGCAUCAAAAGUUAGCAGUUAAAAAGUUAAUUUCAACUAACACCCUAUCUUUUAACAAAAGCAAUACAUAAAGUUAAUUAAAAAAAGCUUAUUUAGAAACCGCAUCUAAAACUAUAAACGAAAACACAUUAUCUGAUAUAUUAAUAGCCCAGAGAUUAUGGCAAGAUAUAGAAGCUGAACAUGUAAUAAUUAGGGUAUUUGAAGGAGAAAAUAUGGAUGAAUUUAUGUUUUCAAUUGAAGAAUAUCCUGUAUAAAAUUAGUCUUAUCAAGGCGUUAAAAAACUUAACAAAAAGCUUACUAAAGUUGCUAUUUCAGGGCUAAAUUCUUUUAAUCAAAAGUUUAAUAUUUUUUAAAAUUCAUUAAAAUACCUUAAAGAAUUGGCAAAAGAAAUUGAUUAAAGUAUUUAAGGCAGAAUUAGAAAUACUCAUAUUGUUGAUACAUUGAAGUUUUAGAUAAAUGGUAUGCUUUAAGAAGCUGUAAUAUUAAAAAAUAGGAUAUUUUGUAUUGAAAAUUACAUGAAUAUUUUUGUUAAAAAGAAUCAAGUUAAGCUUAAAAGCGAUUAAAUAAACUUAGAUCAAAUGCUUUCACUGCUCAAUAAUUUCUUCCCUUAGGUUGAUAUCAAAAGAAAUUAUUUGGAUAAGAUUAUCCAAAAUGAUUAAGAAAAAAUUAUGUAUAUUUUGAUUUCUUACAUUUCGAAUGCAGCUACAUGUGCUAAGGUUAUGCCAAUAAAAAUGGAAGUUAGCAGUGUAAGCAACGAUCCUAACAUAAAUUUAGUUAAAAUGCCAAUUGAGAGAAUAACGAAUGAAAAUAUAUAAGAUAACAACUCUUCUAAUUAAUAUAAUAGUGGGAUAGCAGGAGGUGGUGUUAUUAUAACUCUGAAUAAUAAUCAACAUCAUGCAACUGAAGACGAUAAACCUUCUCCUCAAUAAUUAGAUAAUCUAUCACAUAUAUAAAAAGCUAAUAAUAAUAAUAACAAUAAUUUGUAAAUAAAUUAAAAUAAAACAUUUCUUUCAACUGCAAACCCUUAAUCAUAAUUAAAUCAAAAUCUGCCUGCUGCUUCUCCUACUUAAAUUUAGUCACAAUACCCAAGCACAAACUUUUUAUUAACAGGAAACAACAAUCUUAAUCUUCAUUAUAAUACUGGAUCACAAGCAGCGAAUAAUUCUAGAGAAGGAAUCAAUUUAUAUAAUAACUAAUAUAACUAACAAUAGCAGAAUCCUUCUAAUUAAUUCAUUUAAGUUAGAUAAAAUUCGUUUGCUAAUGAUAGCAAUUCUUACUUGGAUGGAAUCAUUUUUAAGAUAAGUUUUUACCACGAAAAAGGCGAAGGUUUGAUGGACCAUUUCAACUGCUCGGAAGACAAAGACUCUUCCAAAGUUGAACAAAAAAUUUUACAGAAAUUUGUUAAAGCUGUUGGUCCUUAGCAAAAUAUUAUUUGCAAGUCUCAAAUGUAGAUAAAGAGUAGCGAAGAAGAAGAUGCAGAUGAUGUAGAUGAUGCUUUAAAUAUUCAUGAUUUUGAAUAAUUUGCUUUUUAUUAAAAUCAUUUCAAAUAGUUUUAUCAGAGUAAAUAGAAUCAGUUUAAAAAAAUAUCCUCAAAAACAAGCUUUUCAAACAACAGACCGUAUUAAAAGUCAAAUUAUUUCAAUCAUCAAAAUGAAGAAGACGAAGAAAAUAACAUUAGUAAUAACUAGACCCAAGAUUAGUACACUCUAUCAACUUUUGAAUUGAUAGUUUUUAGGAAUAGUGAGAUUUCUAACAACACAUUUUUUAAAACUAGAAAUUCAAUCGCAAGUGUUAAGACUCACUUCUAAUUAAAUAGGAUUAAUACAGAUGACAUGAUAACAAGGAUAAAGGCAUCAUCUUCUAACUUUUAAAUAGCUAAUUUAAAUAAUCCCAAAAUGAAUAUAAACAAUAUUUCUAAUACUUAUCACUAUUAAGCUGAUGGAAACUAAAAUUUAAAAAACACAUCAAACUAAUUACCUACCUUCAACUUUUAAAAAAAUCUAAUAAUUGGAAACACAGAGGCCAUUUAAAACAUAAUAAGGUAAAUACCAGAUUAAGAGGAAAUGAGUGAAGGAAUACAAGAUAUUUCUGAUGAAUUGAAACAUGGCGAACAGCAUUCAGUACCACCUUCUAUCUUUUAGAGAACUCUUCAAUUCCAAACAGACCACAUACACGAUAAUUAAUCUCAUAUUUAAUCAUUCGAGGCAAUACCUACUCAAAUAAAUAAAGAAAAUAAGCAUGAACAGCUAAAAUAAGACUCUUAACAAAAUAUUUUAAAUUGCGAUAUGAUCGAACUGAUGAUUAAGAAUAAAGAAAAUAACGAGAUAAUAAAUAGUAAUUAAAUUUCAAGCUUUAGUAGCCCACUUAAGACUAAAUCUUUUUAAAAUAUUAUAACCAUAUCUUAGAGUGUUAAAAAUUGA